AAUACCACCAGUGAUUUUGGUCACACCUGUGAGGCAGACUUCACAAAUGAACAUUUGACGGUAAGCUUCAAUACAACAUGGAGCUUUCGAUCAUUCGACUUAUCAUUUGGUGUGUUUUGGGAAUUACUUCGACCACAGCCAUUAAAUUCCAAGGAAAAUUUGAAUGGGAUACCGAAGAACAUGUGACCUUAAAAAUCAGUGACGAAGGACGCUAUAAAAGAUCACGUGGUGGCGUUAUGUCGUUUCCGGAUGUCAUGGGGAUAAACUUUGACACGGCCAAUACGUCUGUCAGCCUCUCUCUGAGACGUAACUAUGGUUUAGAUGAGAACCUGUCUGUCUACGUCAUCAAAGAGAACAGCCUAGUCCUACAAACUCUUCCGCUAGUAACGGACACGGUGUUCUACCAAGACGUAAAACACGGGGCAGCUUUUACCGUCAAAUUCGAUGAAAAAACGUCAAAAGUUUUAAAUCUGUUUGGUACAUUGCGAUUAAAUAAUGACGCCUACUUUAUGGAAAGGUCUGGCGAUUUUGAAAGCGGUGACGAUUCCCACUUCCGUCUACGGAAGUACAAGGUCAGGGCCGAAAAAUUUGUGGACAUUGUGCAGAGGAAAGUCGGUCACGGCUCGGAUAGCAAGAGUGAUACAUCUGAUUUUGACAAGACUAGGAACAGAGGCAAAACAGGAACCGGAAGCAGGCUAGACGAUUCAAUAUACCCCAUUCCCAGCUCGCGCGUGAAGCGAGCCGCUGUUGAGCAAACCGUCGAGUUAAUGUUCACCACCGAUUACUCCAUUUACAGAUAUUGGUAUAACGACAGCAAUGCGACAUCGACCGCACAGAAGGACUUAGACGCCAAGACGAGUAUCAGGCAGUUCUACGCGCAUGCCAUUAAUGAGAUUGACGCUAUGUAUGCCAGUGUUGAUUCGUCGUCGAUUUCUAUAAACGUGGUAUUUGCAUGCCUUGUUAUUUCUGAAUCCGUUGCGACAUCUGAGUGGACGGAGACCAGAGUCAGCGGAGGAAAGGUGGACGCCAGUGACGUAAUCAACAACUACACGGCUUGGGAGCAACAGCUCGCGAUCUCUCCUUGCGGAUACGACCACGCUAUGUUGUUCAGCAAACUUGUAGUACGUAUACAGUACAACUACACGGCUUGGGAGCAACAGCUCGCGAUCUCUCCUUGCGGAUACGACCACGCUAUGUUGUUCAGCAAGUACGACUUUACAUCUACGAAAAAUGGAGAAGUGAGCAGCGCCGUUGCAGGUGUUGCGUGGUUAUCAGGCGCUUGUGAUAGUCUUAAACAAUCGAUAAGUGAGGAUUCAUUCAACUAUAACAUGAAUGUAAUAGCGGCUCAUGAACUCGGACACAACCUUGGAGCUGGCCAUGACGGGGACGAAAAUUCGUGCCCGGAAAACAACCAGAAUAUCAUGUCGCCCUCUAUUGGUCCAGGUCCCAGUUCAGCGAGGGAUAAUCCAUGGAUAUUUUCAAGCUGUUCUGUCACAUACUUCGAAACUUACGUAACAAAACUAAAUACAGACAUGAAUAACUGUCUGCUGACAUUGAGUAGCGAUCACGAUCCGACGGCCUUGACCCCGUAUGACCAGGAUAUUCCGGGUCAGGUUAUCACGGCUGACGAGCAGUGCGUGCGACUUGAAGGAGCUGGAUCACACUUGUGCAGGGUAAGGUUGUGGCUAUACUGGGGAGAGAAACGUACUUGGGUCAUGUAG